CAGCAAAUUUCAUUUUCGACACUCUACUCUUUUAAAUCGACGGAAACGCUAUUUCUCUUCAGGCGAAAUCGCGAUCUGGGAAGGGAGGAUGCAGUUCUUCGGGGGCUCCGACGUCAGCCCGUCGCCGCCGGCGCCGACGGCGGGGGGGCACAACGCGAACGUGAUGUACAUGUUCAACCGGAACGGGGUGUGCCUGUUCUACCGGGAGUGGAACCGCCCCCUCCGGACCCUGAAUCCGCAGCAGGACCACAAGCUCAUGUUCGGCCUCCUCUUCUCCCUCAAAUCCCUCACCGCCAAGAUGGACCCCACCGGUGCAGACAAAAGAAAUCUUGGGGUGCCGCAGUUACCAGGCCAGGGUUGUUCAUUUCACAGUUUCCGCACUAACACAUACAAACUUAGUUUCAUGGAAAGUCCUUCUGGUAUAAAGAUAAUCUUGGUUACGCAUCCUAGGACUGGUGAUCUACGGGAAGCUUUGAAGUAUAUAUACAGUCUAUAUGUUGAAUAUGUGGCUAAAAACCCUCUCUAUGAUCCAGGAACUCCUAUCAGGUGUGACCUUUUCAAUACAAAUCUUGACCUAUAUGUAAGGAGCAUUUCGUAAAACCAUGAUGUGGAGCUAAAUACAUAUAUUUUUUGGCCAUGGAUCAAGCUUGGUGGACAAUCUGGAGAAAUGGUUAAUUGUGACGUGCCUGCUUCAUGCAUUAUGUGCCUCUCUUUGAUGCCAGUGCUAGCCCAACUCCAAUUGUGUAUUAACAGUUUUUUCGGUGACGGAUUAACAGAAGAAUUUUUCUAUGCUCCUCUUUCUUCUUUAUGAAUGAUAGUGAUUAUUGCUGUGGAUAUUACUCUGUAGCCCUCAUUUUUACCUUCUUUUGUGGCUUUAUCAUUGGGAUGCACAAAUGUUGUUGGAAGGCUUUGAUUCUCGUGUCUUAAUUUAAAUUUUAGCCCGUAUGGGUUUACACGAA